AUGGCAACAAAACCCGAACCCACGGGUACCCACCCGACCCAACCCGGUCAACAUGGGUAAAAUCCGUGUUGACGGGUUUUGGGUCGGGUUUGGGUUUAAACCCGUUCACUAUUCAACGGGUUGGGUUGGGUUUGGGUUUAGAAUGAAGUUGAUGUUAUGGAGUGGAGAGUAAAGAAACUUAAUUGAAAGGAAGAAGUUUUCAAUUAAACAUGUUAUUUAUGGAAAAUUUGUGAUUUGCUUCAAUUUUUUUGAGUUUUCUAGAUUGGUGUUGAAAAAU